AUGGAGGGAGCCGGUCUUGCUGUUGGGAUCGCCGCCCUUGCUGGUCUGUUUAACAAUGCCGUAGACUGUUUCGAAUACGUCCGACUUGGUCGCGCUUUCGGUACCAACUUCCAAACCAGCCUGCUAAAGCUAGAUAAUGCGCGAUUACGCCUUUCGCGAUGGGGCGAGUCUGUCGGACUGGAUGGCGACUUUGGCAACGCUCACGCUAUCAAGCUAGCGACAGGACCGCCAGAAGACGUGGCCGCAGCCGAAAGAGUGCUGUCACAGAUUAUGAAUCUUUUCGCAAACGCGGAGGGCAUUUCGAAGAAAUACAGAAGCCGCACAGGGGAAGCUGAUUGGAACCUUGCAAUUCUCGACGUGGCCACAGAUAUGGAACCCUUGGGCCAGUCGUUACACGAGAAGAUGCGCACCAUGUCCGUCAAGCGACAGAACAGCACGCCUCUGCGACAAAAGGUGCAAUGGGCACUGUAUGAAGAGAAACACUUUAAGAGGUUGAUCGAAGAUGUCACGGACCUUGUCAACGACCUCGUGCAACUGUUCCCUGCGGUACUCGAAGAACAGCGCAGGCUGUGCAGAACGGAAGCGUCUACAAUCGGCUCUAGUGACUGUCUUCUUGCUCUACAAGACAUUACCGCACUACAGGACAAGGAACUCCAUCAAGCUGUUGUCGAAACGUUACUAUCGAAAGGCCACCGAAACACGACGUUCAACAACUACAAUUCCAAGAUCAGUCAGUAA